CCCAGCCGAGCCCCGCCCCGCCCCGCCCUGCUGAGCGCCGUUGUCCGGAAGGCUGAGGCUUCCUCACUGCCCCUAAAAGAUCAGGGCUCGUGGGGGUGCGGCUUGGAGAGACCCUGAAUUGAGAUCCUAAGACCGCGCGGCUGAGCACGCCUUUCCAUGGAGGAUGCGGGUGAGGACCCCACCGUAUUCACUGCCCGUUCCCUGCCCAGUGACCCCCGGCUCUUGGCCACCGUGACCAACGCGUACUUGGGCACGCGUGUGUAUCAUGACACACUGCAUGUGAGCGGCGUGUACAACGGGGCUGGCGGGGACACACACCGGGCCCUUUUGCCCAGUCCCCUCAAUGUCCAGCUGGAGGCGCCUGCAGAGACAGGACGUGAGCUGACGGAGACGUUUGUCCUGGACACAAACACAGGCUCCUUUCUGCACACCCUGGAGGGCCCCAGCUUUCAGGCCUCCCAGCGCAUCUACGCCCACCGCACACUGCCUCACGUCAUGGCUUUCACUGUGUCCAUCACCCGUGUGGCCAUGGGGAGCUGGCCCAUCACGGUGCUGCUGCGGUCAGCCUUCUCCCCGGAAAGCCCAGACCUGGACCUGCAUCUGGGUCCUGAUUUCCAAGGAGCCCGGUACCUUUAUGGCCAUACGCUUACCCCAGAGCAACCUGGAGGGCCCCAGCAGGAGGUACACAUGCUGUGGACACCGGUGCCCCCAGCUCUGACCCUUGGGGAAAGCGAGGAAGACCAGACCUGGGAGUUCUUGACCGUGGUGGGUGGCAGCCAGGCCGAGGCCCAACUCUGCUUCACCGAGGCCCUGCAGCUGCAGGUGGGGGGCACUCUGUACGCUGCGCACGCCCGGGCCUGGGCCCAGCUCUGGGCUACCUGUGGCCUGGAUGUGGUGGGGCCCCUCCCCCUGCGCCAGGCCUUGCGUGGUUCCCUCUACUAUCUGGUCAGUGCCCUGCCCCAGCCCGGGGCCCCAGGAUACACCUGCCACGGUCUCAGCCCUGGGGGAUUGUCCAACGGGAGCCGAGAGGAAUGCUACUGGGGCCACGUCUUCUGGGACCAGGAUCUCUGGAUGUUCCCGACCGUUCUGUUGUUCCAGCCGGAGGCCGCCAGGGCCCUCCUGGAGUACCGCAUCCGGACACUGGAUGGGGCCCUGGACAACGCCCGGAAGCUGGGUUACCAGGGAGCCAAGUUUGCCUGGGAGAGCGCAGGCUCUGGUCGGGAGGUCUGCCCCGAGGACGUCUACGGCGCCCAGGAGAUUCACGUCAACGGAGCUGUGGUGCUGGCCUUCCAGCUGUACUAUCAUGCCACCCAGGACGUGCAGCUCUUCCGCGAGGCCGGUGGCUGGGACGUGGUCAGGGCCGUGGCUGAGUUCUGGUGCAGCCGCGUGGAGUGGAGCCCCGAGGAGGAGGAGUACCAGCUGAAGGGAGUCAUGCCGCCCGACGAAUACCACUCAGGGGUCGACAACUCCGUGUACACCAACGUCCUGGUCCAGAACAACCUGCGCUUCGCUGCGGCCCUGGCCCGGGACCUGGGGCGGCCUGUCCCCACUGAGUGGCUGGCGGUGGCUGAAAAGAUCAAGGUGCCCUUCGACCCGAGGCAGGACUUCCACCCUGAGUUUGACGGGUACCAGCCUGGAGAGGAGGUGAAGCAGGCGGACGUGGUGCUCCUGGGGUACCCCGUCCCUUUCCACCUGAGCCCUCACACUCGCAGGAGGAACCUGGAGAUUUAUGAGGCUGCAACGUCCCCAAGAGGCCCGGCCAUGACCUGGAGCAUGUUCGCCGUGGGCUGGAUGGAGCUGAAGGAUCCCCGGCGGGCCCAGGACUUCCUGGAGAGGAGCUUUGCCAACAUAGCUGAGCCCUUCAAGGUGUGGACGGAGAAUGCAGAUGGCUCAGGCGCUGUGAACUUCCUGACCGGCAUGGGGGGCUUCCUGCAGGCGGCGCUCUGUGGAUUCACAGGGUUCCGGAUCACCGGAGCUGGCGUGACCUUCGACCCCAUGUGUCCGGCGGGGGUCUCUGCAGUGCGCGUCCGGGGCCUGUGUUACCAGGGGAACAGGCUGGACUUCUCCUUCUCCGAGGGCUCCGUGACGAUUGAGGUUAAAGCCCAGCCAGGACCCGGGGCCCCGCCGCUGGAGGCUGAGCUGUGGCUGACGCACACACGAGUUCCCUUGCUCCCAGGUGGGCAGCCAGCCCAGACUCACCGAAGCAUCCAGAGCAGAUGCCCCCUCUCCCUGCAGGGCACAGAGUCUCCUUCCCCCAUUCUGCUGGACGGAUACAGAGGUCACUCCCGCCUGGAGCAGAGGCAGCAGGUUCCACUCCAGGAGUUUCCUAAGAGAACUUUGAGGACAUUAGACCCCUGCCCCACAACCCAUGGGACCCCAGUUUCCUCGCCCUGGUGCUGUCUUGGGCACUCUGCGCCUGCAUGAACAAGCAAGGCUUCCGGAUGUCUCCCAGGUCCUCCGGGCCGGCUCCUCCCUCUGUGGGCACCCCCCUCCGGCUGCACCCACCCCUCCUCAGCACCCUCCUGGCUCCUGGGAAAAUCUGAAUUCGUUGGCCCAAAGUUCAAGACGGUCUGCCUCUAACCCGAGGCCCUCUGCAGCUGAGCCAUGGCCUCACACUCAGCCACAUCUGUGCCUGCCUUUGUGGGCCGAUGCCCACGCCUGUACCUGCACCAGUACCCUGCCCCAGGACCCCACAGGGUGGGGCGGGUGGGGCGCAAGCCUCCUUGUAGGGGAUGGCAGGGCCGAGGGGCAGGAGGCACACUUGGCCCCCUGCAGAGUCCUCGGGACUCUCCAUCACAGACCACAAAGGAACUUCGCGUGUCAUGCAGGCGAGGGGCGGGCACAGUGGAAUUGAGGUGUGCUCAGCAACCUCAGUCCGUGGCUCCUCCAGCCUCCGGGCCACUUCAGUGAGGCUGCACCAUCUCCAUCACGGGCCUUUCUCAGCUAGGAAGAGUGGGGGCAGGGUGCAGAGCAGGACCGUGCACCUCGCCUCCAACCAGCCUGGAAGACUCAAGGCCACAGGCCUGGGCCCACCUGUCCUGACAGGCUGCCCCUCCUCCUGGGGCCUCAGCCCAUCUGUGGGCACAUCCAACUUGGGGCCUUGAGGGUUUCUCAAUGAGGGGAGAUGGUACCCGCUGCCAAAAUUUUGGUGAGAGCCGUGCCACGUGCACCAAGUGUGGCUGAGGAAUUAAAGGUCCGUGCUGGGAGAAAGUC